AUGGCAGAUGACACUUCGGCGCGGGAAGAGGAGGGGUUUGAGGAGGACGAGCUCGACGAGACCAGCUUUCGGUCCGUCAAAGACGCCGUUCUAUUCGCGAUUGAUAUCAGCAAUUCAAUGCUGGAGACUCGUCUCUCUGCCGACCCCAAGAAGUCCGGCGGAGAGUCCCCGGUAUCAGCUGCUUUAAAAUGUGCAUAUCACUUGAUGCAGCAGCGCAUCAUCUCCAACCCGCGUGACAUGAUCGGUAUUCUGCUAUAUGGAACUGAGUCAUCCAAGUUCUACGAUGAGGAUGGCGAAAGCGCUGACCUCUCCUAUCCGCAUUGCUACCUCUUUACUGAUCUCGAUAUUCCAUCGGCGGAGCAAGUGAAGGAAUUGCGGUCUCUAGCAGAAGAUGAAGAUGUGGCCCGGCAGAUAUUGAAGCCAUCGAAGGAACGUGUUUCGAUGGCCAAUGUGUUAUUCUGUGCAAAUCAGAUCUUUACCUCCAAGGCCCCGAACUUCCUUUCCCGGCGCCUCUUCAUUGUUACCGAUGACGAUAACCCGCACAGUGACAACAAGAGUGUCCGAUCUGCUGCAACUGUCCGUGCAAGGGAUCUGUAUGAUCUCGGGGUCACGAUUGAAUUAUUCCCCAUUUCUCGUCCCGAUCAUGAAUUCGACACAUCCAAGUUCUAUGAUGAUAUAAUUUACAAAACCUCUCCCAGCGACGGUGAGGCACCGGCAUAUUUUCAGCCUGAUACAAACGCAUCGACCGGGAAAGGUGACGGAAUCUCACUUCUCAAUACUCUUCUAUCAAGCAUCAACUCCAGAUCGGUGCCUCGGCGAUCUCUCUUCUCCAAUGUGCCUCUGGAAAUCGGACCCAACCUCAAAAUAUCGGUGAAUGGCUACCUUUUGCUCAAGCGACAAGAACCAGCUCGGAGUUGCUAUGUCUGGGUGGGAGGAGAAACUCCCCAGAUCGCUAAGGGAAUCACCACACAGAUGGCAGAUGACACAGCACAAGCAGUCGAAAAGGACGACAUUCGCAAAGCAUACAAAUUUGGCGGAGAGCAGAUUGCCUUCACGACCGAGGAGCAGCAAGCCUUGAGAAACUUCGGGGAUCCUGUCAUCCGCAUCAUCGGCUUCAAGCCACUAUCUGCGCUGCCUAUCUGGGCUAACAUCAAGCAUCCGUCUUUCAUCUAUCCUUCUGAAGAAGAUUACAUCGGCUCGACGCGCGUGUUCUCCGCCCUCCAUCAAAAGCUCCUCAAAGACGAGAAACUGGCCUUGGUCUGGUUCAUUCCCCGCAAAAACUCCACACCGACCCUAUCUGCCAUGAUUGCUGGUGCUGAGAAGAUAGAUGAGAAUGGUGUCCAGAAGGUACCGCCCGGGAUGUGGAUUAUUCCGCUUCCCUAUGCAGAUGAUGUUCGGAAAAAUCCCGAGUCCAGCAUGAAUGUGGCUCCGGAACCACUAAUCGAUUCAAUGCGUGCGAUUAUUCAGCAACUACAGCUUCCAAAAGCCGUUUACGACCCUUCAAAAUACCCAAACCCUUCCCUGCAAUGGCAUUACCGCAUUUUACAAGCUCUGGCUUUAGAUGAAGAUCACCCAGGGACACCAGAAGACAAAACCAAGCCUCGAUACCGACAAAUUGAUAAACGCGCCGGAGACUACGUUCUCGCCUGGUCCGACGAACUAGACGCCCAAUCCGCUAAGGUGUUUGGCAGCACCGCCGUCACAAGUUCCACGCUCGUGAAGCGCGGCCCGAAGGAACAACUCGAGACUGCUGAUGCGGACGAGCACCCAGCGAAACGCGUGAAAACAGAGAGUGACAAUGAGAUCAAGCGACAUUUCGAGAAGGGCACGGUAGCAAAGGUGAGAAUCAAGCUUUUCCUUGAUUUCUUGCUUACAAUACCUGUAUUGAAGGAAUUCUUGGUUUCCCAUGGUCGAGCUGCGGCUGGGAAGAAAGCCGAUCUGGUGGAUCGAGUUGAGCAGUACUUUGAGCAGAAAUGA